AUGCAAUACUUCAUCAAAGACAAAUAUAACAAUAUUUAUUAUACAGAAGACUUCCUCUUGUCAGAGUGCAUAACCCUGUACAAAUCUUCCUGUGCCUCUGCAAUCUGUAACGGCUCUAUCCAUGAGGAGUUUCUGAAAGAGUGCAUUCUGGUUUUUAAGAGCCUGCAAGUACUCGGAUGUGGAAGGCAGCCGCACUGCAUUCGUGGCUUCUGCUCAACAGUUAGGUCUCUACUGCUGCUCAGCAACCAUCUCACGGUUAAUUGCGGUUUCACCCACCUUUUAAACCGCCAUCUGAACCAGGACACCCUUGAAAACACUUUUGCUGUUAUACGUUCAAAAUCAGGUGCAAACACGAACUCCACUUUCCGUCAAUUUCAGGCUGCGUUCAGGCACCUUUUGAUUAGCAACCUAUUCAAGCUGUCGGAAAAAUCAAACUGUGCUGAUGACAUGUCUCUCCUUGCUACGUUCCCAGCAGGCAUUCUGGCACCUUCUCCUCGUCUUGCAUUAGGAAGCACAGUUUUUCUUACCACGGCAGACGAUUCGCCUUCAAACUACCCUUUGGCAAUAGGAGAGAACAACAUGGUUUAUUUUGCUGGGUGGCUGGCAUCGACAUUCCUCAAGGUUCAUUCCUGUGUAGGAACAUCCCAGAAAUAUCAGUUGAGGGCAGAAAAGCCGUGUUUUUCUGAGGGAAAUCAAGUGCUCUUGUAUUUGAGUGUGAAAAGAACGGCCGACUCCCACUUUGGAAUCCUCUCAGUUCCUUCUGCUUCUUUCAUAUUAUUUGUUGAAGCUUGUGAGGAAGUCUUCGAGACAUGUAUCAACAACCUAAUUUCAAAGGAGAACGUAGGGCGCACUCUUUGUGUCCUUUUUAACCAGAAGAUUUCAAAGUCUCUGACUGUAUGUGACGAAAGUGUUUAUGAUAAUUUGUUUUCUCUGAUUGCCAGAAUCAUUCUGCGCUGGUUCGCGCGGAAAAAAAAUGCUGACUAUUUGAUGCAGUUGCAAAGUCAAAAGAUGUCACAAGGUCACACCCACGCCGCCAGAUGUCACUCAUGCCCUAGCAAUGAAGACGCUCAGCAACAAAACAUCACACCAUCUAUGAACGGAGCUGACAACUCGUACGCCUAA